AUGGCUCCUGAUCAGUCCGUACCCCGCAAGCUGUGGGAGAAUCCGAACCCUACCUCAACGCAGCUCUACAAGUUUACACGAGCCAUCGAGCAGUCUUCGAGGCAGACAUUCCCAGACUACUUUGCCCUUCAUAAAUACAGCUGUUCCCACCGGUCCGAUUUCUGGCGUUUCUGUUUCAACUAUUUCCCCAUUGUCUACUCGGGCACGGUUCCAAACCCCGUCGUUGAUGAGAGUGCUCGUAUGGACUCGAUUCCACGAUGGUUCAAAGGCGUCAAGCUGAAUUUUGCCGAAAACAUCUUGUUCGUUGGAGAUAAAAAUGGCAGCCAAAAGAAAAGUCCUGGCAAGGAGGACGAGAAGAUCGCGUGCACCCAAGUCCGGGAGGGUAGUUUUCUCGAACCUAUCAAGCAAGUGUCUUGGGGAGAACUUAGAGAACGAGUCGGCCUGCUGGCCAAUGCCAUGAAGGCUCAUGGGGUCCAAAAGGGUGAUAGGGUCGCGCUGGUGGCCAGCACUUGCUUAGACACCCUCACCGUCUUCCUCGCCAUCACCAGCUUAGGCGGAAUCUUUUCUAGUUCAAGUACCGACAUGGGUACGAAAGGCAUCCUGGAUCGUCUCACCCAAAUUCGACCGAAGUACUUGUUCAUGGACGAUAUUGCCGUGUACAAUGGGAAGCGCACUGACUUGCGGCAAAAGAUGAAGGAGAUCAUCGAGGGAAUGGAGGGCAUCUCGGAAUUCGAGGGCAUCGUUUCCCAAGCCAGAUUCGCAGACGCACCAGCCGACAUGAGCUCGGUUCCUCGCACACAGACAUGGGCCAAUUUCGUUUCCAAAGCAACUUCCUCCGAGCUAGUCUUUGAACAGAUCGAUUUCUCAGAUCCCUUCCUGAUUGUUUAUUCCUCAGGAACCACUGGACAGCCAAAGUGCAUCGUCCACAGCGCGGGUGGGGUGGUUCUAAACGGGCACAAAGAAGCACGACUGCACCGCUGUGUCGACCACACAUCCUCCCAGUUGCAGUAUACCACCACAGGUUGGAUCAUGUACCUGGGGUCGGUCCAGCAACUCUUGAUGGGUGCCCGUACUAUCAUGUAUGACGGCAGUCCAUUCGUGCCAGACAAUAAGAACUUCUUGAAGUUGAUAGGGCAGGAGAAGGUGACUCACCUUGGUACCAGUCCCCGAUAUCUUCAGACUCUACAGAUGAACAAUAUCAGUCCGCGAGAGGUGACAGAUCUCAGCAACCUGAAGGUGGUCACGAGCACAGGCAUGGUCUUAUCUGAUGCCCUUUUCGAAUGGUUUUAUGAUGUUGGCUUCCCAGCAAAGGUUCAACUGGACAACAUUUCUGGCGGCACGGAUCUGGCAGGCGCCUUUGGCACUGGAAAUCCUCUCUUGCCUAUCUAUGUUGGAGGUUGCCAAUGCAUAUCACUAGGCAUGGCAGUCAGCGUCUUCGACCAAGAAAUCGAGGGUGGCAGAGGAAUUAAGGGUCGUGCCGUUGAGGAUGGCGUGCCUGGUGAGCUUGUCUGCGUCGAGGCGUUUCCCACAAUGCCCAUCAUGUUCUAUGGUGAGAACGGUAAGCAGCGUUACUUUUCCAGUUACUUUGAAAAGUACGACAAUUGCUGGACCCACGGUGACUUCAUCCUAUUUCACCCCAUCACCAAGCAGGUGUUCUUCCUGGGUCGUGCAGACGGCGUAUUGAACCCCAGCGGUGUGCGAUUUGGCAGCUCUGACAUUUACAACGUCAUUGAAGGACAAUUUGCCGACAGUGUCUCCGACAGCAUCUGCGUGGGCCAACGACGGCCAAACGAUGCCGAUGAGUCAGUAAUGCUGUUUUUGCUCAUGAAGAAUGGAAAGAAGUUUACGCCACAGCUGGUUCGGGCGGUCAAGCAGGCGAUCCGAAAGGAGCACGGGCCUCGACACGUGCCUAAGUACGUGUUUGAGACGCCUGAAAUCCCGACCACAGUGAACUUGAAGAAAGUCGAACUGCCGGUCAAGCAAAUUGUCUCAGGCAAGGUAAUCAAGCCGUCAGGGACCCUGCUCAACCCGCAGAGCCUGGAUUUCUAUUAUCCGUACGCGAAGGACGAGAAUCUGGUGGUCGAGCCUGAGGCCAAACUGUGA